CGGCUCCCCUGGGCUCGGCUCCCCUCGCCUCGCCUCGCCCGCCGGUGGCAGAGGAUUACGCCGUCUCAGGUGCUGCUCAGGAAUUGCUACUACUGGUGUAAGGACUUUGGUGUGAAGACAUCAUAGUAAUAGUUCACCUUGAUCACCAGAACAAACUCUACAAGAGAUGGAGGACACUGAGCCAUGGUAUUCUCAGCGAGUGUAUGCAAGAUACUGGAAGCACUAUGACUUAGCCAUGCGCUGGAUGCGCAGGCACCAGAGAGCCUACAGGAAAGCCAUGGAGUCCUUUUAUUGCCCACCAUGGCAUCCUUCUGCAGCCUCUCCAAGUAGCCGCUACUCAGAUUGGGAUGGGAAUGAUCUCCCGCAUACCCAAAACUAUUCUUCCAGCUAUAGCCCACACGGCAGAGCACCGUACCAUGGGGGAGCUCAGCAGUACAGAGAUGCCUACCAAGGGAGGAAGGAUGAUGACAGAGACUCCGAAAUGGACGAGGACUCUGAGUCUGAAGGGGAGAUAGAAUAUGACUUGAGUAACAUGGAAAUCACAGAGGAGCUUCGCCAGUUCUUUGCAGAGACAGAGAGGCACCGGGAAGAACUGCGGAGGCAGCAGCAGCUGGAGGCUGAGCAUCAGUACGUGGAGGCUGAUCAAGACCUUCACAAAAGGAUGGAGCGUUCUGUGCAGCCACCUACAGAAAGACCUGGGGAGAGGCGAAUGGCAGAAAUGAAGAUACUGUAUGGUGCUGAUGCUCCCAAAAUUCAGGCAAUGGAGGCUGCCAUGCAGCUUAUCUUUGACAGAAACUGUGACAAAAAGCAGCCCAAAUACUGGCCCAUUAUCCCCCUUAAGUUGUGAGUACCUUGACUGUGCUCUUACCUGGCACAGGUCUGCAGGGUCAGGUGCCUCAGGUUAUGCUGCUGAAAGAAGAAACUGCAAAUGUUGGGUUUGGUUGUGCUUUGGGGUAGAGGACAGCAAGGGCAGCAUGUUUCUUUGCUCUGUGUUCCUUUUACACUCUCUGUCAGCGAUGGUCACAGUCCUUUCUACUACACACAGUUGUCAAAUAGUACUAGGAGGGACAGUAAUACCAAACCUGUCUAAAGUCAUAGAUUCACUCAUUUGAUACCUGCCUUCCUUGAGCAUGCUUGCAAGAAAUGCAAUAAUGUCUAUACUCAGUGAACUGGGAAAAUUUAAAGCAAUGCCAAAAAAGAAAACUGCCUUCUCUUCCCAUUUAGGAAAUUGAGUAGUCCCAUUUUUCAGUCUUGUUUAACAUAGUAGCAUUUGGAUCCUGUUUAACACAGCACAGCUUAAAGUGUUACCUCUGCUGAUCUUUGAUAUCUUUUUUUUUUGGAGAACCAGGAGCCCACUGGCCAAGAUACAACAUAUCAAAUUACUGUAGCCCAACCAUUUGAAUUAUUUUUCAAAGGUUUAUAAUAAAGCAGGAAGUUUUUCUUCCAGACUGAUACUUGUCUGGCAGGAGUUGACUCUAAAGCAAAAUUACAUAGAAGAAUAUUUUAAUUAAGGGGGAGUGGGAGAGAAGCCUGAUGUGUCCCUGUCAGUUAGAGAUCUGUUUAACAGAAGAGAAACUUAAGAGGACAAAGCACUCUUUGGGCCAAUGUCUACAGUCAUUUUUGUCAUUCUAAUAAAAGCACCUAAUUGGUUUGAAGCUUUAAAGAAGACCUAUUAGUUGGAUAGGCUAAGGGUAUGUAUGUAUGCUGUAUAUGUAGCUGUGGAAGCCACAUAGCUCUGAGAGCUAUGUUUUAUUUCAGGUGCAGCAUUGCAAUGCCCACCUGCAUAUUACAUGGACAAAGCUUAAACACAGGCAAGUUAGAUGUGCCUCUGUGUGUACUCAUCCAUCCACACAGGCUGUUUGGCUCCACUUCUGUCGCUCUGUUAUUGCUGGUCAGUUGUGCUUGCCCUGCUAAUAGCUGACCAGGUAGAGUGAGUGCAGGAGAGGCUGAAUUGGCCCCUUAGUACUGUUGACUCCUUAUAAAAUGGUACCCUGAGCACGUCCAGGGACUUUAUGCUAUGGGUCACUGCGUGCUGAAGGGCUAUAGUUUGUAAUAAGCAGCAUUUCUGUGCCAGAGCAAAGGAACUUCAUGCUAUUUUAAUUGUUACAAACAUGCACAUGUCUUUUUGGCAGCAGAGGAAGGUCACAACUAAAAUUCUAACUUCAGUUCAUGCCCAUUGUGUCUGGUGUAUCUCUGUAGCAUGUCUAGUUUCUAAGACACAUUGCUGUGCCCUCUGCAGCAGCCACCUGCCCCAAAGGAAGUCUGCAGUGUAGUUUAGGAUAUCUUUGGUUUUGCUAGCAGUUACUAUGCGUUUUCAAAGCAGCAUUUUCACUUCAGUACCACUUAAUUCACUUUAGAUGUGAUGAGAUGGAGUUAAAUUGAACACUGAAAUUAAAAGCCCACUGUCUCCAAGAUCUAUUACUAGUGUGAUUAAUCUGAAAAACUUGUGUGUGAGAUAGGAGAGGGAAAAAGGUUAUGAACAGUGCUACAUUUGUCUUCAUUUUUGGUUUUGGUGGGUUUUGUCAGAUAUUCAGUGUUUUGUUUGGUUUUCCUUUUGUUGACCAAAUAAAUUUUCUUCAUAACA